UUUUUUUUGGUUGAAAUAUUUUUCCAGUCGAUUAUUUUUCAAUCAUCGGUUUUGUUUUGUUCUGGUCACACACACACAGAAAAUUCUUGGUCAAUUGUUUACACGUGGUCUUCAGUGAAUAUAAUCCAAAGAAAAUUUAAUUAAAAAUCUUCAAUUUUUUGUAAACAUUUUAAUCGAGAAAAAAAAAUUGGAAAUGGAAUUAGAUUGUCAAAAUGCUGCUCGUGGUGUUUGGCUAGUCAAAGUACCAAAAUAUAUUUCACAACGAUGGGCCAAACAAAAACCGAUGACCGAAAUUGGACGAUUAAACAUUACUCGAAAUACUUCGGGAAAAAUGGAAGUAUUGUUCAAUCUUUCUGAACAGGUAAUUCGUACUGAUCCAAAUGAAGAUUCGGUACCAUCAUCAUCAUCAUCGAUAAAAACAUCCACUAAUAAAUCAUCAUCAUCAACAACAACAACAACAUCGGUACCAACAACAACAAUAACAACUGUAUCGACAUCAUCAUCAUUAUCAACAAAAACAGAUAAACCGAUAACGACAACAAGUAUACCGGCUGAACAUAAAUUUGCUGUAUCAAAUAUUAAUCAUCAAACAUUGGCAAUAUUUUCACAAGAUGAAAAUAGUAAAUUAGCAUUGGAAGGACAAGUAGUACAAAAAGGUGAAUGUCGUCCAAUCGGUGAUGCACAUUAUAUGAAUUUGAAAAAAGAAACAAUACGUCGUGCAUCACAACCAACAAAAAUUGUACAAAAAUUAGAUCGUGCUAUUAAUAAUUUCAAACCAAUCAAUGUUCAUCGUAGUGAGCUUAACGAAGAUCAACGAAAAAAGAAUGAAGGUAAAAAAAUGCGUGAUGAUAAAGAAAUUGUACAGAAUACAUUGUUUGCUGCAUUCGAAAAACAUCAAUAUUAUAAUAUUAAAGAUUUGGAACGUCUAACUAAACAACCGGUUCCAUAUCUAAAAGAAAUACUCAAAGAAAUUUGUAAUUAUAAUGCAAAAAAUCCACAUAAAAAUAUGUGGGAAUUGAAACCACAAUUUCGUCAUUAUGGUAAAAAUAAUCAAUAAUCAUCAAUAUUUUUUCCGGAAUAUCCAUUUUAAUGAACAAUUUU